AUGUGGUCCCAUUUGGAAAGAGGAAGCUCACCCGUAGAUUGGUGCGAAUCCAAUUAUUCUAUUUCUCCUGUUAUAGCAGAAUUUGUUAACACCGUAAGCAACAUUCUGUUUUUCUUGUUUCCACCUGUCUUAAUCCACUUAUUUCAAGAAUAUGCGAAAUUUGUCAAUCCAGCUAUAAAUGUCCUAUGGGUCCUGCUAAUGGUGGUUGGCUUAAGCUCUGCAUAUUUUCAUGCUACACUCAGCUUGGUUGGCCAGUUACUAGAUGAGCUAGCCAUACUAUGGGUUUUCAUGGCGGCUUUUGCUAUGUUUUUUCCCAAGAGAUAUUUUCCAAGAUUUUGUGGUGGAAAUAGGAGAGUGUUGGCAUUCUACUCCAGCGUGUUCUCUGUGGUUUCCACGGGCUUCUUAAUAAUGCAUCCGGCGGCUAAUGCGUUUGCCCUGAUGACCCUCGCGGUGCCAGCGCUCGGUUUCUUGUAUAAAGAACUUACGCGAGUGAAGUGCCCGCGCGUGUACCGCCUAGGGCUGCGGUGCGCAGCGGUUUGUCUGCUCGCUAUGUUCUGCUGGAUCAUCGACCGGAUGUUCUGCGACGCGUGGCUCUCGAUCGACUUCCCAUAUUUGCACGGCGUGUGGCACAUUCUGAUAUUCAUAGCCAGCUACACGGCCCUAGUCCUCUUCGCCUAUUUCAACGUCUCCGAUGAAAGGCCCGAGCAAAGGCCACAGCUUAAAUACUGGCCCAUAAACGACUUCGAAUUGGGAAUCCCCUACAUAACCUUCAAACAUCCGUGCAAGAAGGACCGAAACUUGACUAUU